AUGGCCAUGUCGGGACCCCAGUUUCGCCCUCUUGUUGGCUUCCUGGUCGCGGCUAUCCUGGUCGCGGCUACCGCUGCUCCGGUCCCCGCCGCUGCCCCGACCCUCGUCUGCAAGACAACGGUCCAGGUCGACGACUCCAGCUUCACGAUUGAAUUGCGGCCCGACUGGGCGCCCGCCGGCGUGGAGCGUGUCCUUGGGAUGGCGAAGUCGGGCUUCUUCGAGCAGCUUCCCUUCUUCCGCAUGCUUCCCAACUUUCUCGUCCAGUUCGGAAUCUCGACGAGCGCGGAGAAGCAGAGGCACUGGCAGUCGCAGGGCAACAUCCGCGACGACCCGCGGCCGGCCGGCGUGCCGUUUACCGACGGCAUCCUCUCGUUCGCGGGCUACGGGACGGACUCUCGCUCCACCCACCUCUUCAUCACGCUGGGCAGCCAGCCCGGCCUCGGCCACAGGCAAUGGGAGGUUCCCGUCGGCCGCGUGGUGAGCGGGAUGCCCGUG